AUGGGCGCAAAAAGAAAGCGCAUCUCGACUUUCAGCCGGUGCUGCCGCCGACGGCCAGCGAGUGUAGCGGUUGCCGAGAAGGGUGUCUACUGCGUGGUUCGCACCGGCUUGCGCGGCAAGCUCGAAGCUCUGUCAUCGCUUAUACAGACUGCGUAUUCGCCUUGUCACACAUCUUACCUGGACGCGAAGGGCCGGUGGAAUAUUUCAUGUUAUGCAGAGCUGGACGACAUCCCGGAUGCAAUGGUGCCCGGCGCAGUUGUGCAUAUUCCAAUGAAAGAGGUUCUCCAACCCUUGCUGGAUGAAUUGACGGCAAAACUGUGCGCAUGGUGGCACUCCUUACAUCCGGAGUUUUCUGCUUGUGAGCUACAUCGUGUGCAAACCUUCGUUACUCGGUACCGGCCCCAUGAAGGAGAGACGCACUUGACUCGGCAUGUGGACGGGCCCCAUGUGGAUGCAUCGUUCAUUUUGCAAUUACACAGUUCAAGCUAUACUGGUGGUGGUUUGCGGAUAUGGGAUGCCCAAGGCCGGAGUAAAGAUUAUGCCAUUGAGACAGGUGAUUUCUGCAUGUUGGAUCACAUGGUGUGGCAUCAGUCACUUCCCGUCACAAGCGGAGAACGAUGGGUGCUUGUCGUUUUUUGCCAGAAGCGCGAACUCCUUCAGACGUGCCAGACGAUUGAUGCCGAGAAGUUGAGCGCGGCAGCAGACUGCGAGGGCCAGGAUUCGGGACCUGCGAGGUGUCAGCAGGCGAUUUGGUUAGCAACCCAGGCAGCCAACGCCAGCUGCGAUGUAGACAAGGUGCAGGCCACGAAGUUGGUGCUCAUGCUAUCAUCCAGCAGCUUGGAUGAGCGUGAACGUGCAGCUUUUGCAUUGGGCUGCUUAGCUGUUAGCGGCUCAUCUAACCAAGAAACCAUAGUUGGUUCUGGCGCGGUGCCUGUCCUCGUACAAAUGCUUGGAACCUCGAGUGCCCAGUGCAGCACAGAACGUGCCUGGGCUGCAGCUGCUCUUGGCCGUUUGGCCGUGAACUGCCCGAAGAACAAGCAGAUGAUUGCACAUUCGGGUGCUAUCCAGCCCUUGGUUGCGAUGUUGUUAUCGAGCCAGGAGUUGGAGGCAGAAGAAGCUGCAUCCGCUUUGUGCAAUCUUUCAGCCAACCACGAAGGUAACAAACAGCUGAUGACUGCGGCGAAUGCCGCACCCGCAUUGUUAAAGUGUCUGGGAGGGGACAGCCAGAAGCGGCGCAUUUGGGCAACUGCUGCUUUGUCCAACCUGGCAUCUCUUCCAGCCAGCUGCCGCCAGAUGCGUCGUGCUGGUGCUAUCGAGCGCCUUGUGCCUGUACUCUCUUCAGACACAGGCAGGCUACGGCGACAAGCAGCGGCAACUCUGGCCUCGUUGGCCAGAAACGAUGCAGAGACCCGUGCGGCCGUCGUUGAAGCUGGAGCUUUGGAUGCGUUGCGAGCAAUGCUCCUCGACGAGGAGAGCAGCGGCGAGGCUGCCUCUCUUUUGGAGGAGCUGCAAAGCGGCGUCAUGAUGACAGACGUUCCGUUGAGCAUCCGCACAGCGCCGCGGGGCAAAGGCGAGAUCGUGGCUGUGAUUGGGCCCGGGGAGCUGGUGGCUUUCACACCCUUCCCGAAGCGGCCGGUUGCGCUCUCGGACCUCUCGGCACACAGCUACUUGAGAUGUCGGAAGUUGGUGGAGGCAGCCGACGAGGAGAGCCAAAGCUUUUCGGAGUCUGAGCAAGGCUGGAUCUCGUGCAACUCCGAAGAGGGUGGGGUGCACUUCAUCCCGUUCACCGGCACGGGAGACCUUGGCCAGGCCACGUGGAGCUGGAAGAGCUGGUUUCAGAGGAGUUCGUCUCAGAAUUCGUGGCUGAAUCAACUGGCUCGGCUAAAGCUGCCGGCCACAACGGGCUUGGAGGAGAACGUGGGCCCACGCGUGCUGCUGGAUGCUCGCGUCCGUGGCAAGUUUACAGGCAUCGUCGUUUGUGAUGCUUUGGCGGGUUUCGGCAUGGCUGUCAGGCCGUGCAUGGACAGGGUGGCUCUGCGAUGGAUUCGUGAGAACUGUUCCGUCGACGUUGCCUCAGUCUCAAGCCUGGAGCUUGCAGCCCUGCUGGAAAAGCGGACAGUGGAGGAUCGGCACCGACUUGUUUUGCUGCUGGUGCAGGAGCCGCAUGCCUGGGUUGCCAGGGCGCGCCUGAGCGGUUUCCCCGGUGCAUCUCUGGCGAGAGAAGUUGAUGCCGGAAAGUUGGAAUUCGCAGAAGGCAAAAGUACUUGUCUGGAUGACUGGUUGCAGCAGCCCGUUGAGUGCUCUGGCAACUUGCACUCCGGAGGGCUCAUGUCCCUAUGGGCCUGGUUCACACAAGAUCUUGCUCGUGCAGCGAUAGCUUCGCGGCAUGUAGUCCUCUGCAGGGUGGAGGAUCUUCUCUUCAACCCUGCGGCUGUGGCUGUUGCACUACGACGCUUAGUCAUCAAGCAACAGCCUUCCGAUGCACCCGUGCAUCCACCGGCGCAUGACAUGUGGUGGCACCAGGCUAUCGAGUGUUACAGGCAGUGUGGUGCCUUCACGUCCGGGCAGGGCGAUGCCAUCGACGCUCCCAUUGCCGGUCUUCGAGGAGCCCUUGGCUAUGCUGAGCAGGAUUGGCGGACCUGGUCCUCGACUGCAGUGGCGCAGCUGGACGAAGCCAGGUCAAACUUCAGCCGGACAACUUCAUCCGAUCAGGAUGUCGCUCAUACACUUCGGCUUGAUCCAGCGGAUAGCCGAAAGUACACGCUUGAGCAGCUGUGCAGCAAGUAUACCAGCCUCUCACGGUUCGAUGCCGAGCAGUACUUUUGGAGCCACUGUUGGACCACAGAGGAUGUUUCGAGUCAGACUCGGCCCUUUGAGUUCGAUGGCGUUUGGAACUAUUCGUCUGGAUGCUGCACCAUCAAAGCUGGAGAGAUUCGCUGGCAGAGUGGGCUGCAGAGCUACCUGCAAGCCACCAGCGAUGUUGCGUUCAACCUGGAGCUGGAUGGAGAGAUGUUUCAGGGAAAGCUGGCAGAGGGCAAUCGCCUCAUCUUCAGCGACGGAGAUGUCUGGUGGCGGGAGCGGGAGCCCGAGCCGGCGGAGAGCACCAGCACCGCCAGGCUCCUCGAAGGCGGCGAGGAGUCGGCUGGCGGCUGCGGGCCGAAGAGUGCUGGGCCGUGCCAGCGCUUGGAGGACUUGGAAGAGGAUGCCGAGCGCAGUGCAUCCGAAAUCCAGCUCCCUGAGCCGGAGAAGGACGAGAGCGAUCCGGUCACCGUAGAGCCCGAGGAAAGUCUCGGGAACACGGUAACCAGCGAGACAGUGCUGGAUGCCGUGGCAGGCAUUUUCGGGGAGGCCGUGGCGAGGUCCGACGUGAAUGUCGCACGCCGCUGCCUGCAGCAAGUGGAACUUCUGGGCGGCCAAAGUGCAGUCCAGCACGUGCUUGCUCAUCCAGCCUCCACGGAUGCUUUUGGUCACCUUCCGUUCGUUGGUUCGGCCGUCGAUGCUUCCCACACGAUCGUCAAGCUCCUUCUCGAAGCACGGGCAGACAUCGAUGACUUGACAGCCGCAGCCUUCAACGAGAAGCCCCCCGCGGCGAAAGGUGCUGCGUCGACGCAGCGAGAUUCGAGAUCGUCAGACCCUGCGGACGCGCGCUUCCAACAGGGAGAUCUCGGAGCAAAAGCAAGUUUGUGCCAGAAUGGGCUGAAUGCAGGGAAUGUCGCAGAUCCCGAGGACGCGGACCCGAGAAGUGUGCUUGGCCUCCUGCAGGAAGAGUGUCGAGCCUGUGGGCUUCAGGCUGAUGGCACAGAAACAGAACUGGUCGAGAGGCUUGCGAAGUUGCUUGUGCAGAGGUCACCUGCAGUCAACGAUGAGAGAAGUUUGCAAAAACCUCGUCUGCUGGACGGGGUGCGAAUCGUUGAGGCGUGCAGCCUCCCCGCAGGUCCCUUCUCUGCAGCGUCGUUGGCUGCUUGGGGAGCUCAGGUCUUGAAGCUUGAGCUUGACCCUUUGCCAGGAGCGAAAUUGAGUGAAGCAGAGCUUUUCCAGCAGUGCAGCGGGGCAGCUUCCAGUUGGUGGAGUUCUGUGCCUCAGCCAUUGGCGCUUGACCUGGAGUUGCCCUUGGCCCGGCAGGUCUUGGAGAAGACUGUUGCGGAGUGCGAUUGCUUCAUCCACAGCUUCAGGGUCAACUCGGCUGAGCGGCUGGGCCUGGGAAAGGCCCGGCUUGCGGGAAGUCCAAAGCUCCUGAUCGUCAGUCUGUCAGGUCUCCAGAGCCUCAUGGGCCAGCCGUCUUUGUUCGCAUUCCAGGGCUUCGUGGAGACGGAGGAUGGCCAGCCCCCGUCCUCCCAGUGCAUCUCCGCCACGGUUGCUGCGAGCACGAUUGCGCGGCGCAUUGAAAGCAUCCGGGCUGGCGACAGCUCAGGACGAUAUGUGCGCGUGUCGGUGACGGGACCUGGCCGCCUGGACGAGGCUUUCGCGUAG